GGAGGACCAGGCCGCCCGAAGCUGAUAAAUAAGGGGCAGGGCCGCGGCUGCCGGCCAAGUUGGACGCCUCGACCCGAGCACGGGCCAGGUCAGCGCCGGCCCCGCGAGGUGAAGCCAGGCGACCCCCGUGCGGCCAUGGCCUCGCUGCUGGGAGCCUACCCGUGGCCCGAAGGACUCGAGUGUCCCGCCCUGGAAGCCGAGCUGUCGGAUGGGCUGUCGCCGCCGGCUGCACCCCGGCCCCCGGGGGACAAGGGUUCGGAGAGCCGUAUCCGGCGGCCCAUGAACGCCUUCAUGGUGUGGGCCAAGGACGAGAGGAAACGGCUGGCGGUGCAGAACCCGGACCUGCACAACGCCGAACUCAGCAAGAUGCUGGGAAAGUCGUGGAAGGCGUUGACAUUGUCGCAGAAGAGGCCCUACGUGGACGAGGCAGAGCGGCUGCGCCUUCAGCACAUGCAGGACUACCCCAAUUACAAGUACCGGCCACGCAGGAAGAAGCAGGCCAAACGCCUCUGCAAGCGCGUGGACCCUGCCUUUCUCCUGAGCUCCCUCUCCAGAGACCAGAACGCCCUGCCCGAGAAGAGCAGCGGCAGCCGGGGGCCGCUGAGGGAGAAGGAGGACAGGGGUGAGUACUCCCCGGGGGCCAACCUGCCAGGCCUCCGGGGCUGCUACCAGGAGGGCCCAGCUGGAGGGGGCAGCGCCCCCGGCAGUGUGGACACGUAUCCUUACGGGCUGCCCACGCCCCCGGAGAUGUCGCCCCUGGACGUGCUGGAGCCUGAGCAGACCUUCUUCUCCUCCUCCUGCCAGGAGGAGCGUGCCCACCCUCGCUGCCUGCCCCACCUGCCGGGACCCCCUUACUCUCAAGAGUUUGCCUCCAGUCCCCUCCACUGCAGCCACUCCCUGGGCCCCCUGGCCCUCAGCCAGUCCCCAGGGGUCUCUAUGAUGCCCACUGUUCCCGGCUGUCCUCCGUCUCCUGCAUAUUACUCCCCUGCCACUUACCAUCCUCUCCACUCCAACCUCCACGCUCACCUAGGCCAGCUCUCCCCACCACCUGAGCACCCUGGCUUUGAUGCCCUGGACCAGCUGAGCCAGGUGGAACUCCUGGGGGACAUGGAUCGUAAUGAGUUUGACCAGUAUUUGAACACUCCUGGCCACCCAGACUCUGCCAUGGGGGCUGGGUCCCUCAGUGGGCAUACCGCCCUCUCCCAGGGGACCCCACCGGGCCCCACAGAGACCAGCCUUAUCUCCGUCCUGGCUGACGCUACAGCUACGUACUACAACAGCUACAGUGUGUCGUAGAGCCGGAAGCUUGAAGCUGGUCCAGGGCUGCUAUCCUCUUCCUCCCACGCACUGAGCAGAGCAGAGACUACAUAGCGCCAUCACUGUCCUCCUGCCUCCUCAGUGGAGGGAGACUCAGAACUGUGGCCCCAGGAUAGGCUCUUCCGGUCCAGCACCCCUUCUGUUCCUUCAGAUGAGUUUCACUGGCUCCACCCAGGAGUGUGGCCCUCAGUUGCUGAAAUGCUAUUUCCAAUAGGACUUUCCUUGCCCUCUCUUCCUUGUCCCCGACACUGCAGCCAACUGUGGGCAACCCAGCAGCUCUUGGACCCUUUUCUGAUGUAGCCACAGGUGAACUUUGGGUGCUCCAGGAUCCAGGGCCUGGGAAUCAGUCUUGGUUCAGCCAUCUACCCUUGUGUAAAGCAAGGAUAGACUCAGCAGCUGAGCCCCUUCUGCUCCGCUCCGUGGUUCUUCAAGUUAGGGUCCUGCCAAGCCUGACAAAGGAAAGCAGGGAAUGUCUUAUCGAUGAGCUCAGUGAUGUACCACCUGGUGAGAAUUUCACGUGCACAGCCCCAGGACACAGGUUUUCUGCUUUUCUGAACU